AUGAAGCUCUGCCUAUUUCUCGUAUUCGUCGUAUUCGUCUCGGCCAUUGCUGCUCCACACUCUUUCGCCUUCUAUGAGACAUCCCUCACCCACGACAAUUCCAAAUAUGGCUUCUUCGAUGGAGACUCCACUUCAGCAACUGAAGAUAGUCGACGACAACUUUUCCAAUAUGGAACCAACAAUAAGUACUCUCGCAAUAGAUAUUUGAGCUACUAUUCAUUGAGGCCGAGUAGUAUCCUUUGUGGCCAGCAUGGUAGCUCGUACUAUGAUUGCAAGAAGCGUAAGAAGGUUAAUCCGUAUCAUCGCAGUUGCACUGCCAUCUCCAAAUGCGCUCGAAUCGCUGAAUAA